AUGCUAUCACCACUUCAAGCUCCAAGUGGUUGGAUGCACAACCGCCUUCACCCACAGCAGGCACCUCCACCGCACUUUCAACAGGCUGCAGUUCAGGUCAUCGUUAACUCCAACAUGUAUUCCCACGCCGGCGGCAUUGGCGGAUUAGGAAAUGUCCUGUCGUUCAGGAAAGACUACCAAAAUGACGAGCCUUCUGCUCCUCCCACGAACGUCGCUGGACAAAUCAUCAGCUCAACCAGCAUCUCAGUCACGUGGGAUGAAGUUCCAGCGGCUGAACAGAAUGGUAUCAUCACAAAUUACAAUAUUAGCUAUCACUCACUGACAGAGAAACACAGUAGCAGUGCAACAGUGGAUUAUGUCGCCCGCCAAAUGACUCUGACUGGUCUAAGAGAGUUUGUUAACUACAGCAUCACGGUGUUUGCAUCUACAGUAGUGGGAAACGGACCAGCCAGUGAUCCUAUUAUUGUCAGUACUAGCGAGGACAAGCCUUCUGCUCCUCCUGCCAAUAUACGAGGACAUAACACCAGCUCAACCAGCAUCUUAGUAGAGUGGAGAGAGGUUCCACCAGCAGAUCAGAAUGGCGUCAUUUUAACUUACACCAUUAGUUAUCAGUCACUGACACAGAAUGACAUCCGUAGUAAAACAGUGGCUUCUACAACAAAAAUAUUGAAUCUAACAGGCUUGAAGAAGUUUGUUUACUACAACAUCACAUUGUUUGCAUCUACGGUGAAAGGAAAUGGAAAAGCCAGCGAUCCUAUUUUAGUUAUUACUGACCAGGAUAAACCUUCUGCUGCUCCUUUAAAUGUGAGAGGACAUAACACCAGCUCAACCAGCAUCCUAGUAGAGUGGGACGAUGUUCCAGCUUUUGAUCAGAAUGGUAUCAUCACGAGUUACAAAAUUACUUACCAGUCACAAUCAGAGAAUCACAAUGGGAGUGAUAUAGCUGGCCCCAAUGACCGUCAAAAGGAAUUAACAGAUCUUAGAGAGUACGUCAACUACGAUAUCACAGUACGUGCCUCGACUUCGAAAGGAGAUGGACCAAAUAGUAGUCCUGCUAUUGUUUUUAGAACAGACCAGGAUAGUAAGUAG